CUCUCAAGAAAACACCUGCAACUGGAGAAUUGCAUCAAAUUCGAUGAACAUGGUGCAUAAAUUUUAGAACUUGCAUUGCAAUUUGCAUGCCCGGAUUUUAGCUAACUAGGAGCUAGAAAGGAGUUCAUGAUGGUAGAGAACAACGUUAAUGACCUCUACACGGUGCUACUUAGUCAUCAGAACUGAGAUGUGAUUGCAGAAAAAAAUAUGAGGCGAAUCUUGAGUGAAAGCAGACAUGAUGUAGAAUUAAUAGCAUCCUCGAUUCGAGGAAAGCUUAACCAGCAGCCUCCAUUGCCAGCUUGUAGUUGCAUCUUUAGAAUCCCUAACGUGCUACGCAGGCAUAACGAAAAAGCUUUUCUUCCGAAUUUAGUUUCAAUAGGGCCAUUUCACCAUGGACAAAGGAACCUGCAAGUCAUGGAAGAGAUUAAGCUAUGGUAUAUGCAUUGCCUCCUUGACCGAAAACCAACUUCAGAGACGAGGCUGGAGUACCUUAUCGAGCUCAUUAGAAGUGCAGAACAACACUGUCGAGAUUGCUACGGUGAAAAAAUUGAUAUGAGCAGUGAAAAAUUUGUAGAAAUGAUGGUGGUUGAUGGUUGCUUUAUUAUAGAACUUUUCCGCAAGUAUGCAAGAGUGGUGCCUAGUAACAAGGAUGAUCCAGUGUUCUACACGUUAUGGAUGCACACUGCGCUUAUAAACGACUUGUUUCUACUCGAAAACCAGCUUCCUUGGAGAGUUCUUGAGUGUUUGUUCCACAACACAAGGGAAAACAAUGAAAAACCAACAAACUAUUCUCUGUUCCAGCUUGCUCUCAACUUCUUUAGGCACUCCACCUUCUCACAGUCUUCACAUCUCAAUGAAGAAGUGGAAAACAAACAUUUACUUGGCAUCAUAAGAAACUCUUUGCUUGGCUCGUAUACGCAGUUACAGUUAACGUUCAAAAGUUACUGGGAACCAAUUCCAUCUGUGUCAGAGCUUCUACAAGCUGGAGUUCAGUUUAAGCUUCGAAACACUGGUGACAACAUGCUCGACAUAACCUUCGAGAAUGGAGUGAUGGAAAUUCCGCCAGUAAACAUUCGAGAGAACGCAGAGUCUCUCUUCAGAAACCUCAUCGCAUAUGAGCAGUGCAAUCCAAGCAUCUCCAUUUCUAACAUUACCUCUUAUGCUGUGGUGUUGGACAACCUUAUUAAGUCUAGCAAAGAUGUACACCUUCUCAUUCAGAGAGGAAUUAUAACUACGGUCUUGAGCAAGGAGGACAUAGCUCGUUUCUUCACUAGGCUUUACAAUGACACCAUCCCGGGCUACUUCUCUUAUGCAGAACUCACCAAGAAUGUGAAUGCGUAUUAUAAAGAUCGCUGGCACCGAUGGCAGACGAUUCUCAGACGCGAUUAUUUCAACAAUCCAUGGUCAAUCUUGUCAUUUGCUGCUGCACUCAUGAUCCUAGGUUUGACAUUCAUUCAGACCAUAUAUACCAUUCUGACUUUCUACUAGGCAUGCAAUUGUGUUUUGGCCAAUGUCUUUGUAAAUUUACUUAAUACACUGUCAUGUCUUGUCUCUGUGAAUUUUUAGCUAAUGCUGUGAAAGCUGUUUGUGUAUGUUGUAUGUUCAAUAUGAAA